AUGGGCAGACUGGGCUACUGGGCGUUGCUGGUGCUGCCGGCUCUGCUGGUGUGGCGGAGCCCAGCACGAGCUCGCGCGGAGAAGGGGCCUCCAGCGUUGAACAUCGCGGUGCUUUUGGGCCGGAGCCACGAUGUGACAGAGCGGGACAUCCGCAGCCUGUGGGGCCGGGAGCUGGCAGGUGAGCUAGCACUCGACGUGAAUGUGGUGGCCAUGUUGGUCAACCUUACAGACCCCAAGAGUCUCAUUACCCAUGUCUGCGACCUCAUGUCUGGCGCCCGCAUCCAUGGGCUAGUGUUUGGGGAUGACACGGACCAGGAAGCCAUCGCACAGAUCUUGGAUUUUAUCUCCUCCCAGACCUUCAUCCCUAUCCUGGGAAUCCAUGGUGGUGCCUCCAUGAUCAUGGCUGAUAAGGUGGGCUCUUUCUUCAUGAUAAACCUGUGCCUAGUAGUGAUCGCCACGCAGUUCUCGGAGACGAAGCAGCGCGAGAACCAGCUGAUGCAGGAGCAGCGGGCCCGCUACCUCUCCAACGACAGCACGAUCGCCAGCUUCUCCGAGCCCGGCAGCUGCUAUGAGGAACUGCUCAAGUACAUCGGCCACAUCUUCCGCAAAGUGAAGCGCCGGACCCUGAGGCUCUACGCCGCCUGGCAGAAGAAGCGCCGGGAGAAGGUCAACCCCAACGGCGCCCUCCAUGGACAGGGGGUCGGGCGCCGCGGCCGCAAGCGGGUCCCCUCCAUCCACCACCUGAUUCACCACCAUCACCACCACCACCAUCACCACUACCACAUCAGCAACGGGAGCCCCAGGGGUCCCUGCGGGAGCCCCGAGGUCCGUGGGGACCUGGAGCCCAGAGCGGGGAAGUCGGGGACCCGGCUCAUGCUGCCCCCUCCCCCGUCUCCCGGGCCACAAGGGCUCCCAUCCCCAGCCCAUGAUGCCGAGCCAGUUCACAGCAUCUACCAUGCCGAUUGCCACGUGGAAGCCCCCCAAGAUCAGGGUGGCCGAGUGUCCCGGGCUGCCACCGCUGGGCUCAAGCUGGCCACUGGACUUGGUGGCAUGAACUACCCCACCAUCCUGCCUUCGGCUGCUGGGGGCAAGGGUACUUUGGCCCUGGGGCCUGUGGGGAAGAAGGGCAGUGGGCCGCCUGUCCCAGUAGUGAACAGCAGUCCUGUGAGUUUGAGUGCUGAUGCCUAUGGGAAGCUGCAACACUUGGUUGGGGAACAUGGCCUCUGCAGGGCUCCGAGCCGCCUGUCAGGCCUGAACGUGCCCUGUUCCCUGCCCAGCCCCCAAGCUGCCAUGCUGACAUGUGAACUGCAGAAUUGCCCAUACUGUGCCCACAUCUUGGAGGACCCUGAGUUUGAGUUGAGCGAGUUGGAGAGCUACGACUCAGACACCAAUGGUGUUUAUGAGUUCACCCAAGACCUCCGGCAUGGAGACCAUCGAGACCCCAUCCAGCAGCCCCCGCAGACCCCAGCCCAGAGCGGAUCGAGGCGGCGAGGAGGGGCCCACAGAAAGAAGGUGGUGGGGGACCGAAGUGGGGUGGCCUGUCUCUGGGCGGCCUUUGGAAACAAACUCAAGCGAAUUGUGGAAAGCAAGUACUUCAAUCGGGGAAUCAUGAUCGCCAUCUUGAUCAACACCCUCAGUAUGGGCAUAGAACACCAUGAGCAGGUAAGCUCAGCACCAGCUGUAUCUGGCACUAUGGGCAAGGACUGGGGUGUCCAGGGCUUAGGGAUGCCAAGCUGGGAGUAG